AUGCCACCACCAUUAAACACCCCCAAAAAGCCCUUCCACAUCGCCGUCUGCGGCGGAGGCAUCGGCGGGCUCUGCACGACAAUCGGCCUCCUACACCAAGGAAUCUCAUGCACACUCUAUGAAUCGGCGCCGGCAUUCGCAGAAAUCGGCGCCGGCGUCUCCAUCGGCCCCAACGCACUGCGCGCCCUGACGCUGCUGGACCCGGGGCUUAGCGCGGGGUACGAGGCGAUUGCGACAGGUAAUGCUGAUGAGAGCAAGCGGAGGUUUUGGUUUGAGUUUAAUCUGGGGAUGAAAGAGGGAGCGUGGGCGGAAAGCGGAAGGGGGUUAAAGGCGCCGGGAAAAGAGGGAGAGAGGAUAGCGGGUGUGGAGUGCGGGGAUAGGGGGCAGGAGAGUGUGCACCGGGCGCAUUUUCUGGAUGUUCUUGUGAAGAGGGUGCCGGAGGGGCUGGCGCGGUUUGGGAAGAGGGUGGAGAGGGUGGAGAGGGUUGGGGGGAAGAUGGUGCUGGGGUUUGAGGAUGGGAGCAGCGAGGAGGCGGACGCGGUUAUUGGGUGUGAUGGGGUGAAGAGCGUGACGAGGAGGAUUUUGUUGGGGGAGGAUAGCGAGGUGUUGAACCCGACGUUUUCGCAUAAGUAUGCGUAUAGAGGUUUGGUGCCUAUGGAGAAAGCUGUGGAGGCAGUAGGAGAUGCGUUGGCUAGGAAUGCGCAGCAGUACUUGGGCCAUCACGGACAUGUUCUAACGUUUCCGAUAGAGAAGGGGAAAACAAUGAAUGUAGUUGCGUUUCAAAAUAAAGACGGUGAUUGGGAGGACGAACGAUGGGUAUUGCCAAUGAAGAGGGAAGACAUGAUUAAUGAUUUUGCAGGUUGGGGAGAAUCCGUGCAGAAAAUACUUUCACUUAUGGAAAACCCUGAUAUCUGGGCGUUGUUCGAUCAUCCCCCUGCCCCCACUUACUAUAAAGGUCGUCUUGCGAUACUAGGAGAUGCAGCACAUGCUUCAACACCACAUCAAGGCGCUGGCGCCGGUCAAGCUAUCGAAGACGCUUAUAUUCUCACUCAUCUGCUCGGAAAGAUAAACUGCGUAGAAGAUAUCGAGGAUGCUUUUAGAGCAUAUGACCACGUCCGUCGACUUAGAACCCAAAAAGUUGUGGUCACAAGCCGAGAAGCUGCAAGACUUUAUGAGUUCGAAGAUGAAACCAUUGGGACUGAUCUGGAUCUUUUGAAGAAGAAUUUGGAGACGCGAUAUAGUUGGAUAUGGGACGAGGACCUCUUGCAGCAGUUGAAAACGGCGCAAGAUAUGAUGGGACUAAAGUCCAAUCUGUAG